CACUCAAGUCUCUUGACCUAAAUCUUUCUCACUUUCCUUCUCCUUCUAUCCCGACUCUCCGAAUUCUACGUAACCUUCUACCUCUCUCCCAAAUUACUUGUUCUCUCUUGCAUUCUCACUUCUUCCCACAAAUUUUUCUUUAUCUUUCUCCUCCUCUUUUCUCUCUGGCCACCAAUUUCUUUGUCCUCCACAGCCACUCAAUUUCUUCCUCCGAUCCUACUUUCUCUUCUGCGCUCCAUUUUUCUUUCUAAUUAUAUAGUUCCUAAUCAUCCCACUAUAUUUUUAAUAUUGGAAGCAACUAGACAAGCAUCAUCUUUCUUCUCCUUCUUCUUGUUGUAGGUACCAAAUUUCUUUACAAAAUGGCUUGGUUUCUCAGCUUCUUGUUUCUCUUUCUCGUCUCUUUUGCUGCUGCUUGUGACCGUUGUAUUCAUCAAUCCAAGGCUACUCAUAACGAUGCACCUACUUCAGACGGAGGAGCAUGUGGUUAUGGCAACUUGACAUUUGAAUUUUCCAAUGGCUACUCUGCCGCUGCUGGGCCUAAUCUCUACAAACAAGGAGCUGGCUGUGGUGCCUGCUAUCGAGUAAGAUGUAAGAGCAAAAACUUGUGCAAUACAGCAGGGACCAAAAUAGUUUUGACAGAUCAAAACUUCGAUAAGAGAACGGAUUUUGUCCUCAGUACAAAAGCUUUCUCUGCAAUGGCUUUACAGCGAAAGGAACAAGAACUUAUGACUUCUGGAAUCGUUGAUGUAGAAUACAAAAGGGUACCUUGUGUACACAAAGACAAAAGUUUAGCUGUGCGAGUGGAAGAAACAAGCUCUAACCCAAACUAUUUAGCCAUCAAAUUUUUGUAUCAAGGKGGCCGGACAGAAAUAGUAGCUGUUAAUGUAGCUGGAGUCGGUUCAAAUGAUUGGGUAAACUUAAGUAGAAAUUUUGGAGCUGUUUGGGAUACUAGAAGAGUGCCCAAAGGAGCAUUGCAGAUGAAAAUGGUGGUAACUUCAGGGUACGAUGGAAAGCCAGUGUGGAUAAAAUCUGUUCUUCCUGCUAACUGGAAAGCUGGAAUCAUUUACGAUACUGGAGUUCAAAUUAAUGAUAUUGCCAAAGAAAAUUGCCCUGAAUCGGAAUGUGGCGAUGCACCAUGGGAAUGAAUAUGGGGUUUGGCAGGUGAAAACCACAUGGAGGAGAUGUUGAGGCACAAAAAUCAGAGUGGCGACUAUUUUGUGUUAGUGCACAAAAGUGGGAGUGGCGGCAGUGGUGUUAUUUGACAGAGAAGAAAAGAAGAACUUUGGUUUGUAAAGCAUUAUCGACAACCUGUUCUCGUGAGGUUAGUGAGAGGUUUUUUUUUUCUGUAUUUCUAAAUAAUUAUUGUCGUAGUGCUUAGAAGCUAAGUGACCAUUAGAGCGUCUGUGAUACCUAUUGUAUUUAUCCCAAUAUCAUAGUAAAACUCAUUGUCGCGAAAGAUUGGACGUAGCCCAUAAUUGGGUGAACCAGUAUAAAUUUGCUUGUGUGACUUAGUUUUCACUAAUGAACUGUGGAAGGGGAAAAUAUUAUUGGUAAGUAAAUUUUCCCAACAAGUGGUAUCAGAGCUGUAAGAUUCCGCGUCAUGGUGAGAUGGUGAGAACAAGGAAUGAGAACAAGGAAUGAGAGAUUCUCCAAGGUCAGAGGAACUAGGGAGGUGCAUAUGAGGACUGACAGUGGGACCAAGUUAAUAUUGUAUGAUGUGAGGUAUGUAACCAAUUUUAGGAUGAAUUUGAUAUCGGCGAGGAAACUGAAUGACGAAGGCUACAUAAGUGAGUUUGUAGAGAACAAAUGGAAACUCAUGAGGGGAUCCGAGGUAGUGUUUGUUGGCCACAUAAAAGCUUCCAUGUAUCUGUUGAGGUUUGGUGUUGUUAGAGGAUUAGCGAGACAGAUUAUUCACCAGACUGCAGAUAGUUCAGAGGGAGACUUGAAAGAACUAGCAGCAUUAACAGUAGGAACAUAUCAGGAGAAUCUGCCAUCAGUUCAAGUACAACAGUUGGGAAGUAGAGGAAAGGGAAAAGGGAACAACUAAGUGAGGUAUUCAACAAACUGUCAGUUUCGAGCUCCAGUUGUCAGACGAAUUAGCGAGCUGAUGAAGYCGCGUAGGUUAAAGUUUGCAUUAAGAAAGUCUACAGUUGGUGCUGAGGUCGGUGGUGGUGUCUCUAGGGUGGCACCGGACUUGGGUGGGAGUGCCAAAUCAUUAGUGAAAAAACUUUCCUUCAAGAGUCAUUAGGUGCGAGUGAAGAAGGAAGCGUCAAGGACCACUUUGUUUGAGUGGGAGCACGUGGUUGUGUCUCUUAUGUUUGGGAGACAAUACUAUAUAGGAUUGCUCAGUCUCAGGGCAAUCACAGAUGAAGCCUUGGUUGGUACUAAGAAGAAGUUAGAAACUGUCA